UUUAUUUAUUUUUGUGUUGUUUUGGAAGUUCGCACGCAUCAAAAUGAAUGUUUUUCUCAGUGAUAUCCUCCCACUCCUGACCAAAAUACUCAAGGAUCCAACAAUCCCUGAAAUUGAGAAACUAAAUAAUUCUCUCCGGAAGUGCAAUGAUGCCCUUCCUGGUAAAAUAAUCAAUGAAAUCCUCCUGAGAGUUAUUUCACAAAUUGAUUCUGAUGAAAUCCGGAAGAAAGCAGAGAUUCAGUGGCAUCUCAUUGAGACAGUUGAGAUCCUCCUGGGAAGAAUCAUCGUGGACAAGGGUAAUUGUUUCAGUACAAUCCUCAUUGUUCUCCUGAGGCAACUCUAUGACUUCAAAUCCGGGAAUCUCCUGAAGACUUCGGAGGAGCUAAAAGGCUCAUCAGUGCGAUGUAUAAGGACUCUCGCACAGAGAGCAGCAAAGGAUGUCAUUGAGGAAUUUUUUAAUGUUAAAAAUCGUACAUUUGUGGCCAAUUUUCUCUUUACCUGCGUCCAAAUAAUUGAGCAGGAAACUUUUGGAGGACUAAAGAAGGAUGUCAUUGAGUGCAUCCUUAGUUUCCUGCAAAUCGACGAUAAGGCAGAUCGGGGGGAUGUUGUGUUGCGAAGUCAAAUAGCCGAUGUGAUCUACACAUUGCUGCCGAGAAUCCUCAAAUGUCUCAUGCAAACAGCCCUGGAGGAUUCAAUUCAGGGACAUCAGCUCAUUGGUGUCAGUAUUAAAGCCAUUGGGCAGAUAAUUUGCUUGAUUUUGGAGAAAACUGAAAAGGAUUUUGAUGAGAAAUCUCCAGAAUUUGAGGAUUUCGGCAGAAUUAUCAAAGAGCAGGAGGAGGAUUCAGAAAAACCAGAUAUUCUGAAGCUUCCUCUGAGUGAAGUUGAUGGGAAAAGAAUCCUCCGGAAGGAUAGGGAAUGGAUUGAAGCAGUGGAUAAGAAAUUGAAGCCCUACUUGGCCAAACUCCUUGUCUUCACACAGCAUGAUCAUGAGAAUGUUCGACGGGAAGUUUUGGCUGUCAGUGAGGAUUUGCUGAGGAAGUGUUCGGAUAAUUUGCCAGAUUCCAAUCAGAAUCUCCUCCAGAUUGUCUUUAUUAUGUGCUUUGAUGAGGAUGAGGGAAUUUCUAACCGUUCCAGGGAUUUACUGCACUUCCUCAAAACUCAUUCAUCGUAUGAUUCCUUCGUGAGGGAUGCAGAAGCAAUAAUUCAAUCCCUCCUGCUCAUCCUCCCACAGGGAAUACUCCGAGAGGAUGACUAUAAGCAAAUUAUUGGAUUUUCCAUGCUCCAGAGUGCCCUGGAUUUUAUCUCAGACACUGAACUCCUGACACUGAUUGUGGAUGAAUUUUUCCUGGAGAAACUCUCAACUAUCCUUAUCCUGGGAGCGGAAAUGGAUACAAAAAACUCAUCUUUGCUCGAAGAGAGCCCCUUUCCGGAUAGUUUAAGACAUCCUUGGAGGAGAUUCAGGUGGCUCAUUAGCAAAAAGCCCCAAAAAGCUCUGGAAAAGAUGUGCAAGGCGCUCAAUAGGGCAGAAGUGAAUUUAAUUGUUUCCUCACACUUCCUGAAGAUCCUCGCGGAGAGAAACCAGGGCAGUAAUUCCGUCUUGGUGAUCCUCAACUUUAUGGCUUCAAGUUCAAAUGAUCAAUGCACAUCAUGGGUGCUAGAAUUCUUCAUGGAACUCCUAAAAGACGUCCAUUGGAACCUAUCGCUGCAGAUUCAUGCAAAUCCCAAUCAAGAGGAAGAUCUUCUGACCAUUGAAGAUGUAAAAUACAACAUUAUUCAUUCCUGCUUAGUCCUGGAAUGUGUGGGGAAUUGUGCAGCUAAACUUGGAUCAGUUUUUCAUCCAUAUCUCUUCAAAACCAUCCAUCGUGUCUUGGCAAAAGCAGGAAGUUCCAAUUCCUGCGUAAGGGCAGCUGCUUUCACAGCUCUUAACCACAUGAAGGCAUCCCUUGGUUCAUCAAGCAUUCAGGAUUUUAUCGGUACAAAUGCAGACUACAUAAUUUUCUACAUUAAUAAAUUCCUCAAGAAGCCCUACACGUACGAAGAUGGUCUUGGACUGUUGCAGAUAAUCUUGGAGUACAGUUCAGAAGAUUCCAGGAAUUCCUUCUACUUGGAAACAAUCCUGGCAGGACUUUUGCAGAACAGCGCAAAAGCUAAAAAUCCAGAAAUUCAAAAGACUCACUUCAAAAUCUAUCAUUUGUUCUUGCUGAAAAUCCUGAGUUGGAAAUCAGGAGAUGACCAAGGGGCUAAAGAUGAGACAGAGGAGGAGAUUUUGCAGAAAUGGUUGGAGAUUUUGCAGCUCAAGGAUGAAAUGGAAAUUGAGGAAAUUCACGAAGAAGAACAAGAAAUGCUAAAUUCAGAUAAGUUAGAAGAGCAGAAAGGAGACGAUCUGACGUCAGAUCAACUUCAAAGUAAAGCAGAAGCUGGAGAAAAAGUUAGAGCAGAGGCAGAAGCAGAAAUUGAAACAGCUGCCGAACCAGAAAAUCUUCCAAACCACAUAAAACUAACAGAUGAGAUAGUACGUCUAGUCAGCAAGUACAUUUCCUCCAAAGAUCAAACUCUAUGCCUUCUCAGCUUGGAGCUUCUAACGUCUGGAAUUGCAAUUCUGACUCCCUAUGAAGAUAAACUCCUUCCUGUUGUUCAUCUAAUUUGGUUCCCACUUGCAGAGAAGUUUAAAAGUCAAAACCCAAUUAUUCUCCGACAAUGCUUCAAUCUUCUUUGCCUCCUUGCACAAUCAUCGCGGGAUUUUAUUCACAAAAGAACAAUUUCCGAUGUUAUUCCCACAAUCAACAAAUUCCUCGCUGAAGCUGCUAAGAAAUCUCACCUUAAUUCACAGCAAGGGAUGUACAGAUUCAGUCAGGAAUUCAAGCUGAUCCACACGAUUCUCUCCCAGUAUGGCCAGUUGAUCUCAGACAUUCAAAUGGAUGAGAAAAAUCUGGACAAAUCCAUUAAUUGUGCUUUGCGCUUUCUGGAGAAGAAUCAACCGGAGGAACUUCAGAAGAUCGCCUUGGAUUUCUGCCGAUCUCUCCUCACCUACGACGCACCCACAAUUUACCUCAAACUCUACAAAUAUCCGAAAUUUCAGGAAAAAUUAAUCAGGUAAAGCAAGAAAAAAUUCUCUAUUCAAUAAAAUCUAAAAUUUUAUUUGCAA